AUGUUGCCCAUUGAACUCCCAGACUCAGAAGCCCGUUUAUCCCAGAAGACAUCGCGGCGUUACCCACGAAACUACACAACCACAGCUUCAUCCCAGAAGGUGCGGGUGUUGUGUUGGGUGUUGACACACCCAGCGACUCACUACACCAAGUCAGUCCACGUAAAGGCCACCUGGGGCUCCCGUUGCGACAAGCUUAUCUUCAUGAGCACCAAGAAUGACUCGAAGCUUGGAGCCAUCGACUUGGGUGUUCCUGAGGGGAGGAGUGAGCUGUGGGCCAAGACCAAGGCUGCCUUCACCUACGUCUAUAAGAACCACUUGAAUGACUACGAUUGGUUCUUCAAGGCGGAUGCCGACACGUAUACCAUUAUGGAGAAUAUGCGCUAUAUGCUCUCCAUAUAUGAUCCCAACUUCCCCAUCUACUUCGGCUCAAGAUUCCGACUCUUCACCAAAAAGGGUUACAUGAGUGGAGGUGGCGGAUAUGUGCUGAGCAGAGAAGCUGUGAAACAGUUUGUCGAGGUGUCCUUGCCUAACAAGACGCUGUGCAAUCCAUCAAUCACGGGAAUCGAGGAUCUCGAAAUGGGAAUAUGCUUGAACAAUAUCGGAGUUUUGGCCGGAGAAUCCCGGGAUGGUGAGGGUCGAGGUCGUUUCUUCGCAGGCACCCUCACCAGUCACUUGUUCAACGAGCUACAUUUCUCAUACAUCAAUUACGUCUACUACAACCCUAAUACGGGCCUCAACUGUUGCUCAGACUCGGCCGUCACCUUCCACUACAUCGACAUUCGCAAGAUGUACGAGAUGGAGUACCUGCUGUACCACCUCAGGCCCCACGGUGUCUGCCCCAAGCAUCCCGUCCCGGCACCUCUGCCCCCGGAUACGGACAGCAUCCCCUCUCAAGUGUUGAAGAUGCGCGGGGUGACGGCCACUGUGGGAGCAGCGCAGCGAGGAAUAAACACCUACAAGCCUUAG